AUGAUUUAUGUUUUGUUUAUUUCACUCCAAAUUGAUGUUUUUGUUGUUGUUUUGGGAAUUUGGUCAGAGAAGCUGCUCAAAAUCCUCAAAUUCCCAAAAGAAAUCGCAGCCGUGAUCUCUGAGUUCUUUGAUGGCUCUAGGUUCUGUGAUGUAGGUAAUAUUGACGGAGGAGGAAUGUUGGAUUCUUUAUGCAAAUUAGAGAAUAUUGUAAGAAGUGGUGAUGCUAUUGGUGUUGAAAUCUUGGAGAUAUGA